AUGAUCAACGCGGCUACGAUGCGACGCGCAGACGAGCCUCGCGGCUACGAACGCGACCGUAGCAGGUCGCCCCGUGGUGAGCGUCGCGACGUAGACAGCUCGCGUGCUCGCAGUGCUUCCCCUGGUGGCGGUCGCGAUGAUCGGUAUGUUUUUUCUCGCAACGAAGAAGAUGACGACCCAGGCAGCCGCAACUCGGGCUCUAACCUCUUUGUCACAGGCAUCCACCCUUCUCUGACUGAGGAGGAGGUGACGCGUCUGUUCGAGAAGUAUGGCGAGGUUGAGCAGUGCAACAUCAUGCGCGACCCUCACACAAAGGACUCCCGCGGCUUCGGUUUCGUCAAGAUGGUCACCGCUGAGCAGGCUGAUGCCGCCAAGGAGGGACUCCAGGGCGAGGUUCAUCAAGGCAGGACACUGAGCAUCGAGAAGGCUCGUCGCGCUCGUCCUCGUACCCCUACCCCGGGCAAGUACUAUGGCCCACCUAAGCGUGAGUUUGGUGGUCGUGGUGGUGGAGGUCCACGAGGAGGCGGCUCCCGCUAUGGUGACCGUUACUCGGAUGAUCGUCGCGGAGGCUAUGGUCGUCGCGAUGACUACGGCUCCCGCAGCUCCCGCUACGACGACCGCGGCUAUGGUGGUGGUGGUGGUGGUGGUGGCGGCGGCGGAUACGGAUCUCGUCGUGAUGAUUACGGACCGCGAGGCGUCGACCGUUAUGCUUCUGACCGAGGCUACAGCGGCCGGGAUAGUGGCCGCGAAGACCGUCGAGGCGGUGGCGGUGGCGGCGGCGGCGGCUACUAUGACCGUCCUCCUCCCCCGGCUGCUGGUGCUGGUAGCUACGAUAGUGCACCUCCUCCUCGUGAGGCGUACAGCGGAGGCCGCUCGUACGAUGGUGACUACGACCGUUCUCACCGCUAG